AUGCGCAUCGGCGCAGAGCAAGCGAAUGCGCAGCUUGGCUCGUGCUUCCAAAUUAUGGUAGCAUUGGCUGUACGUCAAGACUUUUGGAGAGAGCUAACGUGUCACCACAAUCAAGCGAACCAACAAGAGCCGUCCACGGAAGAGUCGUUUAUUGCUGGCUCGGCUUGA